AAGUGGCCAGUGCUCACACUACAAGCCUGAAUGGUGAGGAGGAGGAGGGAGCAAUUGGUGGGGAGGUGAUUCCCUACAAGAAGCUGGUGCAGAGUCUGGAGAAGGCCGUCAAUAGAUUCCAGGAUGGAUCAUGCAGCAACUGUGCCUCUCUCUCUUGGUGAGUGACUCCAUCGAGCCACCACCCAAGGAAGCCCCUCCAAAGGCCACAAAGGAGGAAGGCAGUGUUGUCAUUCUGGAUGCCAAGCUGUUCUACAAGCAGCAGGAGAAGGAGGUGGCAGAGAAGAUCAAGGAGAGCCUGGCAGUGACUGAGUAUGCCAAGCCAUCCAGUGCAUUGGUGUUGAGUGGUGUGUCCAGCAGUGUGGUGCAGUACACAGUGUUUGAAAUGCAGCUGUCCUUUACUGUGCUGGAUACAGAGGGUGCACCCACCAGUGACCUGGGCCACAAGAGUGAUCCCUCGCAGGUCACGGCAAGUCUCUUGGGAGGUCCGCCAGGUGCCAUCGUCAUGGGCACCACAACAGUUCCCAACAGGAAUGGCACUGCCAUCUUCACCAACCUGUCUGUCAGCAAGCCCGGGGAAGGCUACAACCUCACUUUCACCAUCACCUACCCCAGCUAUGCUUCAGCCCUCACCACCACCCUGGAGGAGACCUUCAGCUUGACACAGAUGAGUGCAGCAAUGGUCCUGCAGCAGCCCAGCAUAGUGCAGGCCGGACAACCCACCACCAUCACUGUUCACUUUGUUGACAAGGACUCUGGCUUGGUGCUUAAUGGCCUGGCUUUCAAGACAUUUGUGGGCAAACUGCUGGCAAAGACUGCUGAGGGACACUUUGAGGUUAUCCAGAGGUAUGCCAAGCUGUAUGUACCAGAUGAGGCCGUGUCAAUGCUCACCUUUGAGAACGUCAUAUUUGAGGCGCCAGACGUGAGACAGCAACUCAUAGCCAAGGUUGCUGUCGUCUCCGCUAGCUGGACUGGUGGUGUAUCCCUCACAUCUGGUCAUCAAGGAGUACCCCAUGGUCAAGUCCUUGCACACCGAUCCGUUCUGAUGGAAGCAGUUGGAGGGUGUGGAGGAUGGGUUGGAGGAUGGAGUGCUGAGUAUGUUGCUGCAGUCAGUAGACAUGCUGGCUGCUGGCUGACGGAGUGUACUGUGGCCCCGUUGAUUUCACUCUCAGCAAUGACUCCAAGAAGACCAUAGCAGAGUACCAGGUGUGUAUUGUGAAGAGGUGAAUUGAAUGGCUGUAUUUUUCAUUCUUUCUUCUGUGGUAAAAGAAUGUCAAAAAGCAAGCUCAUUCAUCGCUUUCUUGUCUUCCUGUAGUCAUUUUCAUUGCUUUUAUAUUGUUUCCACUAAUUCUCUCUUCCUCUACUUCCUACAGUCACUUUCAUUUAAGUUUUCUAUUCAUUUCACUAAUUCUUUUCACUCUCUAUUUCUUAUAGCCAUUUUCACUACUCUUUCUUAUUCUCCUCUCUCCCUCCAUGUCUCACAGCCAUUUUCAUCGUCCUUUUCUAGUUCACUAAUUCUUCUCACUUCCUCUGCUUCAAGAUAACUGGACCACAGGAGCAUGUUGCCACAGCUCUAGGGAAACUGUGCACAUCCCUCAGCAGUAACAUAGCUAUCCCAGUAGUGACAGGAUACUUAGACACUCACUACAAUGCAAGGAAAGUUUACGUCGAGGACCAGAUCUUGCGCUGCUCUUGGAGAAACAUUGUGCAUCUCUUGAACAAGAGUGAGACUGGGGACCCUCUUCUAGAUAAUCGGAAUGGUUCUGAAGUUAGCCUUGUGUCUUCUGUCCCUAAGGAUCCUCCAGUCCUUGCAUCUCCCCUUUGGCACCAUAUCUUGUGCUGCUCUCAGAAAAAAGUGCUUCUCUGGAAUGAAACUGAGACACAAGGAUGGCCAAGGAAAUCCUUCUCAAAUACCCAGAGAUCCUCCAUGCCGCUCACCCCUUCUUCCUCUCCCUCAAGUUUGUGGGUGCUGGUGGCUCUCUCCUGGAUGGAGCAGUUUUCGUGAAUACUUGUUAAACUAUCACCAGAAUCAUGAAGUACCCUUGAAAAUUCCAGAUCUAUUUACCUGAGAACAACUUGUCAACAAUUCCUGUGGAUGUCGUCAUCAGCGAGGUCAGUGUUAGAUACCAACUUGCUGCUCAGGUGUCUGUUGUACCUGCUGGUUGGCAUCUCCACUUUGUCUCUCCUGGUGCUGACAGAUUAGCAGCAGGAGUGGGAACUGCAGUGGCUGUAACUCAUAUGACUUCACUGGUACCAAUCCAGACCACCUGGCUUCCCCAGGGACAGGCUUGUGUCACCCUGACCUUACCUCUACCUAUACAUCUACCACUGCACUACAUUUGGAAUCUGGUUGAGUACAUGUACUCAGACCCAAGCCUGAUGUGCUUGGUGGUGUAUCCUGAAAAUUUGGAGAUCCAGGAGAACUCUGUCACCAAGAACGUGUAAAUGAAUGUCAUUGGGUGGCUGAUGGCAGCUCCUCAAGUGAACCCAGAGAUCACUGGGCUAAAGUACAGCAAGAUGAGUGCCUUGGAGAAGCUGUGCCUUGAGUUGAAGGCUGCAGUCACCAUCAGAAAAGAGCAAAGCUGCAACAAGUCAUCCAAGUACUUUGUCAAGAAGGUUUAUGUUGAAGGCAACCUCCUGCACUGCUCUCAGGAGAACAGUGGGACUCAUGACCGCCUCCAAGACCCACAGAGGAUUGGAAGGCAUAAAUUCAAUCUUGGAUAACUAUUGACAUUUAAAACUGGUGACUCCACUUGUCAGAUUGUAGGUGGGAAAGUUUUAGGGUUGAUUGAUGGGAACAUUGUUGAUCUAAAUUCUUUUUUGGUAAAGUACUGUAAAUCACUUGCAUGUGAAGUUUCAAAUGGAUGAAAUAGCAUGAAUGGUAUUGUAGUUGAAUUGUUCUUUGUAGCUAGAAAAAAAAAUUAGGGUCGAUUGAUGGGAAAACUAUUGUUCAAAAUCCUUUUAUUGUAAACUAGAUCAUGUACAUAGUUGUGAAAUUUUUUUGGAAAUGAAAUAGCAUGAAUGAUGAUGAUGAUGUUUGUGUUGUACUAUGGGUAAACCAUUGGAAAAAAAUGUAGUAGUUAUGAACAAAAUUGGAUUAACUAAACAUCACUGAGGUUGUAGUUGUGAAAUUUUGGUGUAAAUUAAUGUAAACAAUGAAAUACUUAAUCAUUAAAGUUUUAAUCUUAUAUUAGGAGUCAUUGGAAAUUAGCUAAAAUAAACACCCUUAUAUCAUCUUAACCCUAUAAUGACUAACCAACUUUCCUCUCAAAUCAUAGCAUAGUUUUAACACAAGUAAACAGUGCACAGCUUUGCCAAAUGUUGUCAUAAAUCUGUGUUGGAAAUAUAGUCUUCAUCAAGCAUUA